GCUGCUUGUGAGGGAGUGGGUCGCUGUUGUUGCGGUGCCUGGCUGCCUCACCUUCCCCCAUCCGCGAGACCAGUGCACAACUGUGUACAUCAUUUUAGCGUAAUGGCAAAUGAAUCUUUUGGAAAUGAGGGAGGUACCGGUUCGAGAAACUCAAGAAAUACACAUUUCACAUCAUCUGUGGAUCUCAGCACGUCCUUAGAUUCAAGUGUUCAGACUCGAAUAUUUAAAAUAAUUGUAAUCGGGGAUUCAAAUGUAGGGAAGACCUGCUUAACCUUCCGCUUCACCGGGGGAAGCUUUCCCGAGAAGACGGAGGCGACAAUCGGUGUGGAUUUCAGGGAGAAAGCAGUGGAAAUAGAGGGCGAAAAAAUUAAGGUUCAGGUGUGGGACACUGCAGGACAGGAGCGCUUCAGAAAGAGCAUGGUAGAACACUACUACCGCAAUGUGCACGCUGUCGUUUUCGUUUACGACGUCACCAAGAUGGCCUCAUUCCAGAACCUGAAGACGUGGAUCCAGGAGUGCAACGGGCACCGUGUCUCACCCACUGUGCCUCGGGUACUGGUGGGUAACAAGUGUGACCUGGUUAGUCAUAUCCAAGUACCCUCCAACACUGCCCUCAAGUUUGCAGAUGCCCACAACAUGCUGCUGUUUGAGACCUCAGCGAAGGACCCCAAGGAGAGCCAAAAUGUGGACUCCAUUUUCAUGUGCCUGGCAUGUCGGCUGAAAGCCCAGAAGUCCCUGCUGUACAGGGAUGUUGAGAGGGAGGAUGGAAGGGUUAGGCUUUCACAAGAGACAGAUGUUAAUAAGAGUAACUGCCCUUGUUGAGGCUCCUCCUCUCUGCAAUGAUUCCUUAUCUCCUUGUAAUACUGCUGUGACUUGAAUUGAACAAUUUAACAUAGACAACAAAACGUGAAGAUACUGUUCUAAUGUUAACACUUCUUGAAAGAAUGUGCCUGCAGUUAUUUCAGUUUUUCUUCUUAAAAAUUAUAAUAGUGUUUUGCUGUCUGUCUGUCUGUCUGUCUGUCUGUCUGUCUGUCUGUCUGUCUGACCCUCUCUUGUUUUACUCUCUUUCUUUGAUAUGUUAUCAUUAUCACAUUCUGUAAUAAUGGCCUUAAGUCAAGAGAGGUCAUCCUGUGGUGUUUGUAAAGUAUGUUAAUUUAUUUUGUAUUUGAGUUGUACGUGUCUGUACAUGACUGCUGUCGGUAUUAUCAUGUCUGUACAUGACUGCUGUCGGUAUUAUCAUGUCUGUACAUGACUGCUGUCGGUAUUAUCAUGUCUGUACAUGACUGCUGUCGGUAUUAUCAUGUCUGUACAUGACUGCUGUCGGUAUUAUCAUGUCUGUACAUGACUGCUGUCGGUAUUAUCAUGUAUGUACAUGUCUGCAGUCGGUAUUAUCAUGUAUGUGCAUGACUGCUGUCGGUAUUAUCAUGUAUGUGCAUGACUGCUGACGGUAUUAUCAUGUCUGUACAUGACUGCUGUCGGUAUUAUCAUGUCUGUACAUGACUGCUGUCGGUAUUAUCAUGUAUGUACAUGUCUGCAGUCGGUAUUAUCAUGUAUGUGCAUGACUGCUGUCGGUAUUAUCAUGUCUGUACAUGACUGCUGUCGGUAUUAUCAUGUAUGUACAUGACUGCUGUCGGUAUUAUCAUGUAUGUACAUGACUGCUGUCAGUAUUAUUGUUUCAUGCAAUAUACUUGUGUGUAACAUGAUUGUCACAAUCUCACAAAGGGACUUUCAUAAAGACUAUUUGCGCUUCAGACUGACGUACUGUAUAUGUGCUGUAAUCGUUUUACAUUUGUUCAGUAUAUUUAUUUGUUUUUUAACUAUAUUUUAAGACAUAUCCACUAAUAAUCCUUCAGAUCGAAUUGUCAUAACCAUAAUGCAGAGGAUGGGGAGGCAACGAUGCUAGUUAGCCCAAUACCCUUCCCCCGCCCCACCAGGGGUUUCUCUGGCUUCAGGUCUGCUAUUUCUGCUUUCUGUUUUCUCUCCAUUGAUCAUCAUCAUAUUUCUGAUCGUCAUCAAAACAUUCAAUUUGUGACCGUUUCCUGUCUUUGCCUCAAAAUUAAAUAUUCAA